AUGGCUGACACGGUGUCAGGUCGCAUCUCGAUCAACGUCGCCGCGGUCGAUGUACGGUUAACCGCCGGUGGCCGCGCGCGGUCGGUCGAACAAUUACCGUCGCAGGCGGACGGACCUCGACUGCUUCUUCAGCGGUUCUUUCGUCUGACCAUUAGUAAACACCACUUAGGAGAAACCGGCUCCGACACAAAUACGACCGAGUUCGCGUCGAAGCCGGAGCAGAAAUCGCACAAGACGCGCACUCGGUGA